CCUGAGGACAAAACAGUCCCACCACAAGCAAAUUGCCCGAGGAUAACGGAUAACAGAGGCCACAGGCCCAGCCAAGAAAAAUAGAAGAGGAGGGUUCCGUAGAACAAAUUUGAGAGAGACGAGGAGAAAUGGAUGCCAACUUGGUAGCUCCCUCCUCCUCCCUCUGCCCCAAAUCGUCCUUCCACCUGAAAAAGCCAUCCUUCAAGACCCAGCCCUUCCUGUUCACCGGUCCGGUCCGUCUCCGACCUCGCCCCGUCCGUGCAACCGGCCCUUCCACCAGCACCGACAACGGGGAGGCCAACACGAAUGACGGCAGAGAGAAAGCUGAAGCCACUGCAGCACUGCCUCGAUCAAGACCGACCACUCUCAACAUCAAGUACCGGCGGCGGUCGAGAAACCAAGCAAGGCAAGAGCAGCAGCAAAGCAUGAAAAAGCCCCCACCUCCUCCUCCUAAAGAUUGGGACUCCAUGACGCUGGGCGAGAAGGCGUUGGAGCUCUACGCGGGGGAGAAAGGCCUCCUCUUCUGGCUCAAUAAGUUCGCCUACGCUUCCAUCUUCAUCAUCAUCGGAGGGUGGAUCCUCUUCCGCUUUGUAGGUCCCUCGCUCGGCCUCUAUCAGCUUGACUCACCUCCAAUAUCUCCAUCCACCAUGUUCAAAAGCUCAUCAUAAACCAUCAAGCUAAGCUGCUUUUCAGCAUCUUCUGUAUCAAUGCAAUGUUAUCAUCUUGAUCAAUAACAAUCAGCUACUUAUCAAUACUAGUA